UUUUAAUCGACGUCUCUGCUGACGUGGCACUGGGUUUCCCGCCUCCUACUGCUUUGACGUAUUUCCGGGACGCUACUUUCCUCUUCCGACACACGUAAAAAUGGCGCCCCCCGUCCCUCUGUUGGCAGUUCGUGGAUCAGAUGGAACGUCUCUUCUCUGUGGACCCCCCCAGUGUGAACAGCACUCAGCCUUCCACAGGGACUCUCGGGUCAGCAGGUGUUUGACCUUCAGCAGAGACGGGAAGUUGUUCAGUUGGUGCAAUGGACACAACAUCUCUGUGGUCAGGACGUCAGACGCCUCAGUGGUGUCGACCUUCGACCUCCCAAAGACGACUUUCUUGGAGUUUUCUCCUCUCAACAACAUCCUGGUUACCUGGCAACCGUACAGCAAGACCCAGGACUGUCCUCAGGGGGACGCUAACCUCCAGCUGUGGGACGUGGAGAGUGGACGACUGAUCAAAGCUCUGUAUCAGAAGAAGGUCGACGCCUGGUGUCCCAGCUGGUCUGAAGAUGAGAAGAUCUCAGUGAGGAGCGUUAGCAACGAACUCCACUUCUACGAGAACAACGACUUCAACUCCAUCGCCAAUAAGCUCCACAUGCAGAAGGUGUCAGACUUUUCUUUGUCACCUGGAGGUCAACCCAGCAAGGUAGCGGUCUACGUCCCCGGCAGUAAAGGAGCUCCAUCCUUUGUCCGUCUCUACCAGUACCCGGUGCUGGGGGGUCCAACGGCAGCGCUGGCCAACAAGAGUUUCUUCAAAGCCGACAGAGUCAGCAUGCAGUGGAACAGGAGAGCCUCUGCAGUUCUGGUGACAGCGAGCACUGAGGUGGAUAAAAGUGGAGCGUCGUACUACGGCGAGCAGACGCUUCAUUACCUGUCGGUGAACGGAGAGACGGCCGUGGUCCAGCUGGCGAAGGGCGGGCCCAUCUAUGACGUGGCGUGGAGUCCCAGCUCCACAGAGUUCUGUGUGGUCUACGGCUUCAUGCCGGCUAAAGCCACCGUCUUCAACCUCAAAUGUGACCCGGUGUUCGACUUCGGGACUGGACCCAGAAACUCCGCCUACUACAGUCCUCAGGGACACCUCCUGGUCCUGGCCGGCUUCGGGAACCUGAGGGGACAGAUGGAGGUGUGGGACGUCAAGAAGUACAAACAGGUGUCUAAACCUCAGGCUCCAGACGCCACUCAUUUCUCGUGGUGUCCCGAUGGCGAGCACGUCGUCACGGCGACCUGCUCGCCCCGGCUCCGGGUCAGUAACGGGUUUAAGGUGUGGCACUACUCUGGCGCCGUUCUGCACCAGUGGGAGGCCGGUGCCGGCUCAGAGCUGUGGGAGGUCCGAUGGCAGCCGUUCCCUGAAGGCAGCUUCCCGGAGCGGCCAAUCAGGUACCAGGCCCCGGCCAAUCAGCUGGGGACCACGCAGGCUCCACCCACUCAGGCAUACCGCCCACCAGCUCUCAGACACCUCCCCCCCACAAGCAGCGGAAAACUGCAUGAGGACGAGCCUCCUCAGGACCUCCGUCCUGGAGAAAAGUCUUUGUCCAAAUCAGCUCUGAAGAAUCAGAGGAAACGAGAAGCGAAGAAAGCUUCAAAGGAGCUGAAACCUGACCCCGGCUCCGCCCCCUCGCCUGGCUCCGCCUCCACUCCUGGACCUGCCCCUGUCAGCAGCAGCCAAUCAGAGGCGAGCAGCGGUGACCCUGAGAUGGACAAGAAGAUCAAGAACCUGAAGAAGAAACUUAAGGCCAUUGAGGAGCUGAAGGAGCAGCAGGCGGCAGGAAAAGUUCUCCAGAAGAACCAGCUGGAGAAGGUUCAGAAGGAGCAACAGCUGCUCAAGGAGCUGCAGGAGCUGAAGCUGUGACAGGCCACGCCCCCUACCCAACAUUACAUCAGGCCACGCCCCCAUUCCGCCACGGUGGAAGUUUAGGGGCGGGGCUUAGCAGUGUGAUGGACAGGCCUCUGCAGUGAUGAGCUGACUGAUGGUCCAGAGGCAUUCUGGGAAACGGGAGUCACAGGAGUCAUUGCCGCCUGUUGCUAUGCAACGCAUGUACAGUGUUCCUUCCAGAAUAAAAGUCUGAAAAACU